AUGGGUUUGCCUUGGUAUCGUGUUCAUACCGUCGUAUUGAAUGAUCCUGGUCGGUUGAUUUCUGUCCAUAUCAUGCAUACAGCUCUGGUUGCUGGUUGGGCUGGUUCGAUGGCUCUAUAUGAAUUAGCAGUUUUUGAUCCCUCUGACCCCGUUCUUGAUCCAAUGUGGAGACAGGGUAUGUUCGUUAUACCUUUCAUGACCCGUUUAGGAAUAACCAAUUCAUGGGGCGGUUGGAGUAUUACAGGGGGGACUAUAACGGAUCCCGGCAUUUGGAGUUACGAAGGUGUGGCUGGCGCGCAUAUUGUGUUUUCUGGCUUGUGCUUUUUGGCAGCUAUUUGGCAUUGGGUGUAUUGGGAUCUAGAAAUAUUUUGUGAUGAACGUACAGGAAAACCUUCUUUGGAUUUGCCUAAGAUUUUUGGAAUUCAUUUAUUUCUUUCGGGGGUGGCUUGUUUUGGUUUUGGUGCAUUUCAUGUAACAGGCUUGUACGGUCCCGGAAUCUGGGUGUCCGACCCUUAUGGACUAACUGGAAAAGUACAACCUGUAAGUCCAGCAUGGGGUGUGGAAGGUUUUGACCCUUUUGUUCCAGGAGGAAUAGCUUCUCAUCAUAUUGCUGCAGGGACAUUAGGCAUAUUAGCCGGUCUAUUCCAUCUUAGUGUCCGGCCGCCUCAACGUCUAUACAAAGGGUUAUGUAUGGGCAAUAUUGAAACCGUUCUUUCUAGUAGUAUCGCUGCGGUCUUUUUUGCAGCUUUUGUUGUUGCUGGAACUAUGUGGUACGGUUCAGCAACUACUCCAAUAGAAUUAUUCGGCCCCACCCGUUAUCAAUGGGAUCAAGGAUACUUUCAGCAAGAAAUAUACCGACGGGUAAGUGCUGGACUAGGCGAAAAUCAAAGUUUAUCAGAAGCUUGGUCGAAAAUUCCUGAGAAAUUCGCUUUUUAUGAUUACAUUGGUAAUAAUCCGGCGAAAGGAGGAUUAUUUAGAGCGGGCUCAAUGGAUAACGGCGAUGGAAUAGCUGUUGGAUGGUUAGGACACCCUGUUUUUAGAGAUAAAGAAGGACGUGAACUUUUUGUACGCCGUAUGCCUACUUUUUUUGAAACCUUUCCGGUCGUUUUGAUCGACGGGGACGGAAUUGUUCGAGCUGAUGUUCCUUUUAGAAGAGCGGAAUCUAAGUAUAGCGUUGAACAAGUAGGUGUAACUGUUGAGUUUUAUGGUGGCGAACUCAACGGAGUCAGUUAUAGUGAUCCUGCUACUGUGAAAAAAUAUGCUAGACGUGCUCAAUUAGGUGAAAUUUUCGAAUUAGACCGUGCUACUUUGAAAUCAGAUGGUGUUUUUCGUAGUAGUCCGAGGGGUUGGUUUACCUUUGGACAUGCUUCCUUUGCCCUACUAUUCUUCUUCGGACACAUCUGGCAUGGGUCGCGAACUUUGUUCCGAGAUGUUUUUGCCGGUAUUGACCCCGAUUUGGAUGUUCAAGUAGAAUUUGGCGCAUUCCAAAAAAUUGGAGAUCCAACUACAAGAAGACAAGGAGUUUAA